CACAGUGAGGAAGCUGGGAGCUGCAACCAUGUCCAAGGAGAAUAUCUAUGCAAACAUCAGCAACACUUCUGACCAGAUCAGGAAGAGGAGCAACGCAACUCAAUGUCCAGGAUCUGAGUCUGCAGGGAGACGAGACCACAGACCGGCUGUAGUGUGUCUGGGGCUGCUGUGUUUCCUGCUGCUGACGGCCCUCAUAGUGCUGGCUGUUUACUACAGAAGAGUAAUUCAUCAUGCAGAGACAGAGCACAGCACCCUGCAAAAAGAGAGAGACCAGCUGCUGCUGAAUUACAGCCUGCAGACAACAGAGAGAGACCAGCUUCUGCUUAAUUACAGCCUGCAGACUGCAGAGAGAGACCAGCUACUGCUCAGAUACAGCCUGCAGACUGCAGAGAGAGACCAGUUACUGCUCAAUUAUAGCCUGCUGACUGCAGCGAGAGACCAGUUACUGUUCAAUUUCAGCCUGCAGACUACAGAGAGAGACCAGCUACUGCUGAAGUAUAAAUACUGCAACAAGAGUUACACCUGUCCAUUGGGUUGGAGGAGAUUCAAAUGCAGCUGUUACUACAUUUCCACUGAGAAGAAGACCUGGAGCGACAGCCGACAGGCCUGUAUGCAGUUAGGAACCGACCUGGCGAUCAUCAGCAGCAGAGAGGAGCAGGAGUUUAUGAACAGCAUUCCUGGAGGAUUCUGGAUUGGUCUCAGUGACAGAGAGAGAGAAGGAACCUGGAAAUGGGUGGAUGGAACAACAUUUCCUGUAGAUGAAGGGUAAGACCAGCCUGAGCACAAUUACAGAGAGACGUAGAGAGAAAGGCCAGGAUCAGCAUAAGUACACAGACAGACAGUGAAUGAUCUCAUUCAUCAAUGUUACAGCGAGACUGAUAGGAGAAGAGUUAACAGAGCCCUUCUCC